AAUUGGAAGCAACUUCAUUAUGUAGAGAUGGAAGCAAGUGGUUUCAGUGGGCCAAUUCCUCCUAGUAUUUCUACCUUGGCAUACUUAAGAGAGUUAAGUAUAACUGACUUAAAUGGGGAGAACUCAUCAGAUUUUCCCGACUUGAGUUAAAUGACAGACCUUUCUAAGUUGACAAUGAGGAGCUGUAAUUUAAGAGGAAAUAUCUCUGAAUAUAUUCUUUAUUUGAGAAGGCUAGAUGUCUUGUAAUUGUUCGAUUAUUCUCUUGUCAAAUUUUCUAUUCCUGUAUAGCAUUUCCUUGGAAUUUAAACACUUAAUCUUUAGCGAAUUUAACAGACAUCUAAGAUCUUUAUUUUGCAGGGAUCUUAGCUUUAAUAAACCAGACCAAAAUUACCAAGAAGAAUGCUUAUGAUGUGCAGAGUAGUAAAUGAACCACUUGAAAACAUCUCUGUUGACCUUGGUUUCAGUGGUAAUACAUUGGCAGAAGGUCUGGUGGUGAGUACAUGUCUGAGUGGAGCCUUUAUUGGAACUUUGUUCAGUGGUUGGAUUGCUGAUGGACUUGAGCGUCGUAGGGCAUUUCAGCUAUGUGCACUGCCUAUGAUUAUUGGUGCUGCUAUGAGUGCAACAAGCAAAACCCUUGCUGGCAUGCUUUUAGGAAGGUUAUUUGUUGGGACUAGUAUGGGUUUGGGACCUCCUGUUGCUGCUCUCUAUGUAACUGAGGUUUCACCUGCUUUUGUUAGGGGUACUUAUGGAAGCUUAAUCCAAAUUGCUACAUGCCUUGGGAUCAUGGGGGCUCUUUUAGUUGGAAUCCCUGUCAAAGAUAUUGCUGGCUGGUGGCGCGUUUGUUUUUGGGUAUCUACAAUUCCAGCUACAAUACUUGCUCUUGCCAUGAUUUUCUGUGCGGAAAGUCCUUCGUGGCUGUACAAGCAUGGAAAAGCUACUGAAGCGAAAGUUGAAUUUGAGAAGCUUUUUGGAGUAGCACAUGUCAAAGUAGCAAUGACAGAGCUGGCCAAGUUAGACAGAGGAGAUGACAUAGAUUCUGUUAAGAUUUCAGAAUUGUUAUCUGGUCCUCAUUUUAGAGAAAGCGGGAGUACCAUCAAGUCUUGCAAAUGUCUUCAUAGGGAUUGUGAACUUAACAGGUAUAAUUUGUUUCUAGAUACAAGGUUACAUGUGUUGAAUUAUUUCAGUCCGUCUCAUUACCAUUCACUUUUAUUCAUUUAUUCUUUUAAAUUUCUGUUGAGAGUUUAGCUGUGGAAUACAGUAGC